CAAAUUGACAGUGAGGACCAAACUGGAAGGCAGAACCCGAGCCUGCAGCAGCGGCGGGCAGCGGGGAGAGCAAAUGCAGUUGGACCCAGAAGUUGUGUGUGUGUAUGUGUGUGUGCACACUCCCGUCUGGUUGGAGUUGCACGCUGCAGAGUUGGUCGCAGGAAGGAGCGCUGUUCUGUGCAGUCUGGGCUAGGACAACGAGGAGGAGGACCCGGCUGCUUUCAGGGGAGAGGGCACAGAGAGGAGCCUGCAGCUCUCCAGGGGGAGGGGAUGCUGCUCGGCACCAGGCUGGCCGGCGCUGCAUUGCGCUGGCGCCUGCCUCUCCGCCACCUGAGCGGAGCCGCGGCGCCCGACCUGCGGGCGUUCAUCGGCGGCAACACGGAGCCGGUGAGAGGGCACCUCACGCCGGAGGUGAGCCUGAGACUGCUGACUCCCCGCUGCCGCUUCUGGGGCCAGCCGGCCCACACGUGGCCCUUCAGCGAUCCCUACUGGGCUAUCUACUGGCCGGGGGGCCAGGCACUCUCCAGAUACAUCCUGGAUAACCCUGCGGUCACCAGGUCAAAGAGGGUGUUGGACGUGGGAAGUGGCUGUGGUGCCUCUGCCAUUGCAGCUUCUAUGAGUGGAGCAUCACACAUUCUUGCCAAUGACAUUGACCCAGUUGCAGCAGUGUCCAUACAAAUGAACUGUGAACUUAACAAAAUACCACCACUACUCGUGGCAACAGAAAGUUUAGUUGGAAAGAUGGAAGAAAAAUGGGAUGUGAUUCUUUUAGGUGACAUGUUUUAUGAUGAAGAACUCGCUGCCAGUCUUCACAAUUGGUUAACAGAAUACAAGCAGCUUCACGGAUCAGAGAUUCUGAUUGGGGAUCCAGGAAGAUCACAGUUCACACAUUAUGCUGCACAGAAUUGCCUGCAGAAGGUAAUUGAGUAUGAGCUUCCCGAGAUUAGCAGACAGGAGAAUUAUGGACUGAUAUCCAGCAGUGUGUGGAGACUUUUGUCAUCAGACAUAACUGGAUAUUAG